UUACUCCGUGAAAUAAACUUCAAUCCCGGAGCUGGAGGAGAAGAAGAAAAAGGCAACAACACGUGUAGCAGCUCAGCGGGAGACCAUGGCCACGUCGCUGUGAAACCAGAGCUCGGGCGGAUCCGGGUUUCAGGUCCUCGCACUCCGGUAGCAGCGAGACGUAACAUAAAGGGACGGCGACUUACACCCCAGUUGCUCGUCUGGGACCCUCGUCAACCCUGCACGCCUCCUGAGGCGGGAUGGAGCCCCAGGCUUCUCAGUGGCAGCUCGGAGCAGAGGGGGACUGUAGGAUGUUGAGUCUGCUGGUUCCCAGUCCCCAGAGCGAGGCGGUGACCCAUGAGAUGGAGGAGCUGACUCUGCAGCCCGCGCAGAACCUACCUCCGCUCAGUGAGCGCAAAAAUGUCCUGCAGUUGAGGCUUCAGCAAAGGCGAACCCGGGAGCAGCUGGUGGACCAGGGCAUCAUGCCACCUCUCAAGAGCCCGGCAGCAUUCCAUGGGCAGAUCCGCAGCUUGGAGAGAGCCAGGACUGAGAAUUUCCUGAAGCACAAGAUCCGCAGUCGUCCAGAGAGAGCGGAGCUGAUCAGGAUGCACAUACUACAAGAGACCGGAGCAGAGCCCUCACUGCAGGCCACCCAGAUGAGGCUGAAGAGGGCCCGUCUGGCUGACAACCUGAACGAGAAGCUCGCCCAGAGACCCGGCCCGUUGGAGCUGGUGGAGAAGAACAUCCUGCCAGUGGAUUCCAGCGUUAAGCAAGCCAUCAUUGGUGAGGUGGGCGAGGUGAAUUAUCCAAAGGUGUUGGAUGAAGACAGCUGCGAUCCCCUGUCCCCAGAGCAGCCAGCGAGCCAGGAGUCGCAAACCUCGGUCCCCUCACCCGCGGAGAGCAAAGCCCCAGAGACUCCAUCUCCAGCUCCAGCUCCUGCUCCUCCUCCAGCACCAGCACCUCCACCACUAUCCAGCACCAUAUUUCAGGGCCUCCCAGUUGCUACAAAAGCACCAUCAGACUUUAUGAAAGUGAUCUCUACCAGUGACUUUCUGGCCACUCGCCCAGCUGCUCCCUCGAAACCAGGACCAACACUGGUGAAACAAAGCCAGCCGAAGUCAGCCUCAGAGAAGAGUCGCAGUAAGAAGGGCAAAGAGCCAAAGUCCAGGAUUAAGAAGCUGAAAUACCACCAGUAUGUUCCUCCGGACCAGAAGCAGGAGGCCAGUGAAGAACCCAUGGACUCGUCCUAUGCCCGACUCCUGCAGCAGCAGCAGCUGUUCCUCCAGCUGCAGAUUAUCAGCCAGCAGCAGCAGCACUACAACUACCAGACUAUACUACCAGCACCACUCAAACCCAUGGCAGAGGGUCAGAGCAGCGCUGGCAGCAGCCUGCCAACCUCCAUCAUGGUGUCCCUGCCCACUGCCCCCCCACCUCCCCCUCUGCCUUCCGUGGCUCGGCCAAACAACUCGCUGUCCAAUCGCAAGCCAGGAGUCUUGCCUGCCAACCUGGAGGAGAUGAAGGUGGCAGAGCUGAAACUGGAGCUGAAGCUGCGAGGCCUUCCAGUGUCAGGAACAAAGACCGACCUGAUGGAGAGACUUAAGCCUUUCCAGGACAAUCUCCGCACCUCUGCUCCCACCAACAUUCCUCAACCGACCACCACCACCUCCACCCCCAUGGACGUCAACACUGCCACCACCACCUGCACCAGCCCCGCCAUUGUCUUCCCAGUACAGCAGGUGACUCUAGAGAGCAUGAGGUCCACGCCGCCAGUCUCACCCAACCCCAGUGAGCCCUCCACCCUCCAGCAGGAUGUGGGCAUGUCUGUGGCACAUUCCGAAGUGCAAAUGAUGAGCUCUGGCUCAGCAGGUCCACAGUCCUCACCGCUCCUGUCUUUUCACGUCCCGGAGGAAAAGGACAGGAGGCUCCACGAGAAGGAGCGGCAGAUAGAGGAGUUGAUGAGGAAGCUGGAGCACGAGCAGAGGUUGGUGGAGGAGCUGAAGAACCAGCUGCAGGUGGAGAAGAGAGGCCUGGGUGGCUGCACUGCCGACUCUACCUCUGUAUCUCCCAAGCUGACAUCUGUCCCUGCCCUGAAUCCUGUUGCUGCUGUCCUGAAUUCAAAUGUAGUCAAAAUGGAGAGUACGGUCCUGUCAAACUGUUCAUCCACUACUGCCACCAUCCAGAACUCUGUCUUGGGCUCCCCGGCUCUCACAAGCCCCCUCCCGACUGUGGUGAAGUUGGAGGAUCUGACUGUUUCUGGUGGCAAGCCUCUCCAACUGCAGAGUCCAACCCAGCUUAUCACGAAGAUCCAGCCGCAAGUAAGCACCAGCCCGCAGCUGCUCCCACAGUCACAGAGAAGUCCCAAACUCCAGACCCAGUCUCAGACCACGGCCCCCAGCCUGCAGCAGUUCUUCAUCAGCCACGCGGGUGGAGUCUCCCAAAUGCUGACUGGCCAGGCUGGGACUCAGAUCCUGCUCCCGGUGUCACUACCCAAAAACGCUACUGCAAUCCAGCUGCCAAACACCACUGUCAGCCUGCAGCCUGUCCUCCAGGCCACAGUCUCAAGUCCAGGCCUGGCGCAGACGUCGGUUCCUCAACUGCAGAGCUUCCAGAUGGAGACGGCACCCGGCCAGCAGCUACCAAACCACAACCCGCUGCUACAGACUCUGACAGUGUGCAAUAGUUCCAGUGGUUUAGAGAACCAGGGUCGGCCUGAGAUGAAUCCCCAGCGUUUCCUCAGAAGCUCCCCAGAGAACAGGGUCUCUCCCCGGGCCUCACCCAACCAGCACAUCUCCAAUGGACCCCUUCAUAAGCCUCCUUCCCCCCAGCCGGCCUUCAUCCUCCAGCCCACCUCUCUCAUCAGUCAGCCUCCCAAAUCAAGAGAGCCCCCCCGCUACGAGGAAGCUGUCAAGCAGAGCCGCAACAUGCACAUCAACAAUGUCUCACAGGUUCCUACGGCAACCAGCCAGCAAAUGGAUGACUUGUUCGACAUCCUCAUAGAGAGUGGAGAAAUGACACCUUUUAUCCAGCAGGACCCGUCAGUGUCUCAUGGGAAGAGCCACCCCAUCACAGCCAGUAUCACCACCCUGCCUGUGAACACGGUGCUCUCCAGACCACCUCCGCCGAUCCAUAUGGCCCCCCCGCCCACCCUGAGCCUCACCGUGGACCCCGGCCUGCCAAGCCUCUCCUCUCUGGCCACAGACAACCAGCUGGAGGCCUUCCUGGAGGGGACGCUGGCUGGAACCUCGCCGGCAUCGGACCUGCGCACCCAGGGUCUGAUCGAGGAGCUUCAGGCCCAGCUGAUGGAACAGCAGUCCUACUCCCCCAUGGACACAUCAGACCUGUCCUUCUGCGACUCCUCCUCACCCACUUCCUCGUUCAACAUGGGCCUGUCUGACCCGGCACUGGACAACAUGGAGUGGCUGGACCUCACCAUGCCCCCGGGUCCUGGGGGGGCACUCGCACCGCUGGGGAUGCCAACUGACUUCCUGGAUUCCCAUGACCUGCAGCUGCAUUGGGACUGAGGGAGGGUGACGGAGGAGAGGCGGCUGAGCAGCUGAGCCAAGAGUGAGAGAUGGAUGGAUGAAGAGAGGAAGAAAAUAGGAAAUUUCCAGCACUUUGAGGCUGACUUGGAACAUUUUAAAUAAGGAAACAAAGGAGGAGAAAACAUGACAUUCACUCUUCAACAGCUCAUCCAUACAUCUGUUAUAUUCCCACUAUACUAGAGGAAGACACACUGUACAGGCAGUGCACUGAUCAAGCUGAACUACAAGCAGGAGUUUGCACAGCUUUAAAAGAGAGGCCUACUUUGACCGAACAGCCAGAAAACAAUACCAUCACUAUGGUGAUAAAAGGAUUUUAAUGUGAUAAGACUUUUAUUCAUGAUUUAGCAGAAAGAGACAGAGCCAAAUGAAGACUGGUAGCCUGGACCUUUUGUAAAUACUGUUAAAACCACAUUAACAACAUUCUGUCAGUGCAGCCUCAGCUGGUGACCACUGCAUUUAGAAACAUUUAGACUAACACUCAGCCAAACUGGAUGUGUGUGCAUCUCCAAACGUCUUGCUUUUUCAUUUCAGCGCCCAUGUUAUAAUGUCACACUGUGUGAGCCACGUGUCUCAGGUGCGUCUCCUGAGCUGCGCUGCUCCUCUAGAGAGUUGUUGUCUCACGUAUUUUCUCCAAGUACUCGGUUCACAGCAGAAUAGAUGCUGAAAAUUAUCUGACGCAUAUGUCACAGACAUAAAUAUUUGCAGCACUUCCUGUACCUGUUUUAAAUGAAAUCUAAUCUAAUCAUUAGUUCUAACUCUAAGGAGUUUGUUAUUAUUGAAGGACCAGUAGAUUCACGGCUUCAUACUGCAGAGUCCUGGCCUUUUGUUGAGGACAUCGCUCCACUUAUAUCUGAGGAAAUAUUCGUACCAAAAACCUCACAUAGCAUCUACACGCCAUGUAGUGUAGAGGCAGUAGAUCACAGACACAGCUGUCAGGCUACACACACACACACCCAGGCCUAAACCAGUCUGUGCUGCACUGUCAAAUCUUUCUGUUCCCUUUGCAAUUCAACAUGUCACGGAAUCAAGUUUUACAAUUUCCCAACUGAGACGAGGUCAAGCCUCCUGCUCACACUGGUCCAGUUUACCACAUGCUGUAGAUUACGUGUUUCCUGACAAAUCUGAUUUGCUACAUCAGAUGUGACUGUUUUCUUCUGACGUAUCGCGACCCCCCUCCGGUCAAGCUGAUCAACCAAUGACUCUAAAGAACAAAAAGACUCGACUCCAGUCGGACGACGAGAGGAGGAGGCUCCUCCCCCUAAGUGAGAGCUAUGCACUAACGAGGCGGAGCGAUCUACCGACGCGCCUCACUCACCUCAGAACAAGGAAAUGUGAACUUUGCAUAUCCAAGACCAUCGUGAACAGAAAGCGAUCGAAAAUGAUUGUGAUUGAUGCGGCGAUCACGUGGCCAAUCACUAUAGAGAUACUGCAGCUGGUGUCCCAAGUUAUUCUGAAUGUACUGUUUGACAAGAACAAAACAUCUGACUUUUCAUACAAAGUUGGCAGCUGUUUUUCUUCCCCUCUGAUAGUAAACUGGCGUGAAACAGUAGAAAGGGAACAAACACGAGCAGAUUUAAUACGUGUGAACUAUGUGAACACUGCAAGUUAUAUCAAGAAAGAUGUCUUUUAGAAGAUGAGCUUUAUAUCUAGCUGUCCUACAGUAUCCCUGCACUUUGUGUGUGUGUGUGUGUGAGAGAGAGAGGGUGUGUGUGAAUGUAUGUGUGUGUGUCGGGGUGGGGAACUACUGCAUCACUAGCCAUGAAACGUGACUGUUAGGUUUGCCUGUAGCUGAUAAGUUAGCCUGCUUUACCGUCCCAUUUAUCCACAAACCAACCAUUGUCGGGAGGGUCUUUGUCAAAAUAACAUUUAGCUGGUUCCCGGUUUGAAUCCCUGCUUCCUGUGCGGAGUCUAUGUGGAUGUUCUCUGAGUUAACACCUACUUUUCUCCGACAGUCCAAAGUUGAGCAGGUUUAGACUCUACAUUAACUGUAGGUGACACAACGUGAACAUAGGAGUUGUUUGUCUCUAUAUAUUAGUCCUGCUGUUGACCUGUAACCCCGCCUCUUGCUAAAGUCAGCUGGGAUUGGCUCCAUCUCCCCCCAGGACCCCCUAAAGAUAAGCGGUGUGGAUAGUGAAUGGACGGAUGAUAAAGAAGUCUAACAGUGAUGCAUCAGCUACACUGACCUGUCAACAAAGUUUCCUGACCUUGCGAGUGAGUGAAGCGAGCAUGUGUGUGUGUGUGUGUGUGCGUCGAAUCGUCUUUCCGUCUCCUGCAUGAACAUCGGUGUGCGUCUCCGUGUGCAUGAUCGUAUCCACAUUUAUUCUCGGGCCACCGUUUCGAGCACUUUCACAGCCAUCGCACUCAAGUUAUACGAAAUAUCUAUAAAGAAAAAAAACUCCAUUUGGCUUCUCCUCCAACGUUCUCUCUUCAAACGGCGUCUGAUGACUGUUGUACUGUUGUUGUCCGUGUUGUCCCGUCCGGUGUGAUACAGUCACAAACGCACACACACACCUUUCAAGGGCUGAGCUCCCUUUAAAGCCGUCAUGAAUGCUCCCAUGGAUUACAUCAUAUCCUAACUCACUAAGCCAAAUCAGUGAGUUAAUGAUUUAGUAUCUGAGUCUAAAUAUCAUUUUAGGAUUGAUACAGUCCUUCCCUAUGGCACUUUGAAAUGCGAUGGCUCUUUUUAAUUCUCUCUUUUUUUAUAUAUCAGUCACAUUCAGUGAAAUGAUGCUCUCAUUUAAACCACUUUAUCGUGUAAUUACGUCCGUUGACACUAGAGGGCGUGGGCUCUCCAGUUGUGGCAUGACGGCACUUCAGGGUCAUUUCUGGCAGAAUAAAAAAGUCAAUUGGGCUGUUUUAUUUUGAAAGUUUUUGUUUUGAUUUGCUGUUUACAUUGGCAAUAAUGUGGAGCCCUUCAUGUCGACACUGCUCUCACUGCCGCAGUCACACGUUUUUUUAUCGUCAAUACCCAGAGUUACGCCAAAUACUGCACAGACACACACCUUUUGUUGUGUUGUAUUUUAAUUGUUUUCCUUUCGUCACAAACAGUAAAAGUCACGUGGUGUUGUAUCCUAGAAGAGACGAUGAGUUCACGGUUGUUUUUCUUCCUCAGUGUCUCUGCUUCAGGGCAGAUUUGAUAUUUUGUUGCCUGAAACGGCAGUGGAACAUGUUAUUAUGUUUAUUAUAAUUUUUUUGUUUUUUGGAAAAGUUAAAAUCAUGUUAUCUUGUUUGGCUGGUUGUGUAAAAUCUGUAAACAAAGAUUUCAUGUGUAUAUUUUUGGUUUGCAGAGUAUUCUUUUGUUGUUCAUAUCAGCCGGACACAAACCUCUUGGCUGCAGCAGAUCGACAUGACGACGUGGUUGUUGCUGAUUGGCCAGACAGGGACAGCUAAAAGCAAUAAUGGCUGCUCUCCUUGGAUAAACUGUACUGUAUGUCUAAUACUGCCUUGCUUUUACCUGGCAGGAGCCUUUACCGCAUACACAGUCACACCUUGAUUCCAAAUCCCUUCUUACCCGAGUGGUGAAGCGAUGGUUCGUUUUAAAUCAAGUUCUUUUAGAGGUGUGUCUAAGCAGCAUCAGUCAGUUCUCCCACUCGUCCUCGUUCACCCUGUGUCGUUUACCUUCAUCAGAACAUUGUAGAAUUCUUCUCGCGGCGAAGCUGAACAAGAGGAGUCAUUACACUAUAUGUAUUUUGGAUAAUAUCCACUCUCAUCAGCUGAUUCUUCUUCCCAUUCUUCAUUGUAGCCGAGUCUCCUCUGUCUCCACCACCCAUGCCAUGCCUCUUGUUUGUAAUGCCAUAUGUUUUGCACAUUGUGUAUAUAUUUAUAUAGAUGCAAUGCAUAUUUUUAUACAUGUGUAACAUCCAUGGGCUCUGUAUUUUGUAAAUACUCAAAAAACGAGAUGUGUAUAUAAGUACUGUAUGCCUUUAUGUGUCAAUAAAAUAAUUUGGUGUACUGUGAA